UUCAACAAUCUAACUUAACUCCCUGCUUCUUAAGGAAAUUCAUGGCUCUUCUUGGGUUCCUUCUUCUGGUGUUUAUCUCCAUGCUCUCAUAUGUUAGUGCCUAUGGAUAUGGUGGUUGGAUCAAUGCACAUGCCACAUUCUAUGGUGGCAGUGAUGCUUCUGGAACAAUGGGUGGAGCUUGUGGAUAUGGAAACUUGUACAGCCAAGGGUAUGGGACAAACACAGCAGCACUAAGCACAGCAUUGUUCAACAAUGGAUUAAGCUGUGGAGCAUGUUAUGAAAUAAGGUGUGCAAAUGACCCACAGUGGUGUUCCUCUGCCUCAAUUGUAGUAACCGCCACUAACUUCUGCCCCCCUGGUGGUUGGUGUGACCCUCCAAAUCACCAUUUUGAUCUCUCUCAGCCUGUUUUUCAACAAAUUGCUCAGUAUAAAGCUGGCGUUGUUCCUGUCAUUUACAGAAGGGUGAGGUGCAAGAGAAGAGGGGGAAUAAGGUUCACCAUAAAUGGCCACUCAUACUUCAAUUUAGUCCUAGUAACAAAUGUUGGAGGUGCUGGUGAUGUGCAUGGUGUAGCCAUCAAAGGUUCAAGAACUAGAUGGCAAGCAAUGUCAAGAAACUGGGGGCAAAAUUGGCAAAGCAACUCUUACUUGAAUGGACAAAGCCUUUCAUUUGUAGUUACCACAAGUAAUGGCCACAGUGUGGUAUCUUACAAUGUUGCCCCUCCAAGUUGGUCUUUUGGACAGACCUACACUGGAAGACAAUUCCCUUAAAUUUACUAACCUAACCUUUUGGUUAUUGGACCAUCCUCCUUCAUAAAGUUUUAGUAGCAAUAUAUGAUGAGAUUGAUAUAUCAUCUAUAAAGUACUAAGCUAUAGUUGAAAUAGAAUAGUCUUAGAUGGGUCAAUAUUUAUUAAUUGGGCCAAAGUGAAGAAGGUUAAUAAUUAAGGACCCUUCUUCUUAGUAUAUUUUGUUUGUAUUUUCAAGGUUUUAUAAUUUUGUAGAUGGAACUUAUGGUAA